AUGGUUCAUGACCAAAAGACUCAAACGCAAUUUAAGAAGGCAACAAAUGCUACCACCAAAAAACUUGAAACCGAAAAGGCGACUACACUUAAGGAUUUGACUGUUCCUAUUUAUCGACCUAGAAGUAAUGAUAUUAUGGGUGAAAAGAAGGGAAAGAAAAAGUCGCCGAGAAAGGCAGUCACGCUUCCCGUCGCACUUCCUGUUCAAGUUAAAAAGGGAAUUCCAAAAAAGAAUCAUAAAUAUAUGGAAUCCAAUCAAUUUGGAAGUAACAAUGAAGAGAACUCGGAUAUAACCGCCAUCUCUCCAACCUCCAUCAGUGAUCAGACGGUGACCGAUUCCAAUGUGGAUCAGGUCGAGGAUAACAUGGUUUUGACCAUUGAUCAAGAUGAAACAAACGAUCUCACCUUGGGUCAUUCUCUCGAGGAUAUUUUGAACGGGGUUACCCACCAGAAUUAUGUUUUGCACCAAUUCACUAACGACCAGGAAUACCAAGUCAUCACCUUACCUUUCGUGCGUUUCGGCUCCCCAUCAAUAAAUCAACCACCUACUAUGCAACUAGACCUAGAUCAGUUUAUGAGUGCCAGCGCUUAUAAUUUUUCCCCAUCUCCAGAAUCCUCGGAACCCAACUCUCCAACCGAGAUGGAGUGGUACGAAAAUAGCCUGCUGCCUGACGCUGCGAAUGCUUCAAACUUGCAAUAUCAAAUAUCCGCGAUAUCAACAAAUAGAAACACCUCCACGGGGAUGCAUGGGGCUGUCUACGUUCCAGGAACGACUGAAAAUUCACCUGUUAAUUCGACGCCACUCAAUAAUAACAUAAUGACCACUAAUACGUCGCUUAAUACACCACUUAACACUCCUGUCAACGGAUUACCUAGUAAUAGCAUGCUGUCCAGUGUUUCUAAUUCCUCAAAUAUAUUAUACAUGAAUCAAUUUUCUUCGGCUGAACAGACGAACUCGAAUAAUUCAACGUCCAUCGGACAACAGUGUACAUCAAAAUCAAAUCCGCCUCAAUCCUCGUCUGCUCCUGAAUCUUCUGCCUCUGUUCGAGCAUCUUCUUCUUCGACCUCAGAAAACAGGCCAAAAAAAGCUCACUCAAGCGGCGAACAGCAAUGUUUCAAUUGUGGUAUCACCUCCACACCUCUUUGGAGACGUUCUGCGAAUGAUGAACUCUUAUGCAAUGCCCUAAAACUUCACAAGAUGCCUCGUCCAAAGACCAUGAAGCCUCAUAUAGUACGCAAGGACGCACGGGACGAUGAAACCACCCAACCCGUCUGCUCAAAUUGCAAUACAAUGAAUACCCCUUUGUGGAGACGCGACGAGGAAGGGCAGACGCUUUGUAACGCUUGCGGUCUUUACUUCAAGCUGCAUCAUGAGAGACGUCCGCUGUCAAUGAAAACGGAUGUAAUAAAAAAGCGUCAACGUUACGAGAACGGUCAAACGCCUAGUCGUCGAGCGGGUUCAAUGGGUGUAAACUCCUCUUCAUCUAACGGUUCCAUCACGAUUCAACAGAAUUCUUCGUCCUCAAUGGGCAUCAAUCCUUCACUCAAUGGUUCUAUCGCGGUCGGACAAGCUUCCCCCACGUCCAUUGCG